CAGACAAACAGACGUAACAUUUCGAGCAUUUUUCGCUUCAAAUCUAAGUCACGGAAACAUAUUCGCCCAAUGCUAAAAGGAUUAAGUUUGACCAAUCAUCAACUAGGUGGCGGUAGUGAGCAAACGUCAAACUCGAAAAAAAACGAUGCGAACGCCACUGGUAAAUAGUUGGCCAACUAUCAAAUUUUUAAACAUCAGUUUUGAAUCAGUGUACGAUGAGAAUUAUCAGAGUGUUACGUCUGUUUGUCUGUGAUGCAACACUACAGUUCUAAGUCACAAAAUACUUAUCACACACCUCAUUUUAAUCGCCCACUUCUAGGGGUUAUGCAAAUUCAGGUGUCUAGGGGUUAUGCAAAUUCAGGUGUCGUAACGAAACAUAUAAAAGUUGCUCUAGCUCGUCAGUGUUCCUCAGUCAAGUACGACGAUGGAUUAUCUACAACUGUCAGUAAUUAUCUGUUCACUGAUCAAAUUUUCAGCAGCCGGUACGGAACUGCCAGGGCAGUUACUUUCAAGCCCAUCACUAAGAAAUUCUCCAGCGAAAAGAGAAGCAGCUACAGAGCCAACCUGUGAUGGAGUCAGCGUGUAUUCCACGUGCACCGACUGCAACAAUAUUCUGGUUUGCUUGGGAUCUACACACUUGAGUUGCAAUACAUCUUCGCAGUCGGCCGCUUUCUGUGUAAACGGAACCUGUUCUACAAUUCCUGACACAGUGGAAGGAUGUUUCCCUCCACCAGUAAUCUGUACCGAUGUUGGAUUCCCGGAUCCAACCAUAUGCCAGAUUUACCAUUACUGCGAAGGAGCCGAUCAGGAAUCUUCGGUUUACGAAUGUCCACCAAAUUACGUGUACGACGCGGAAAAUACUCUCUGCAAUACAAAGGACUCCAUCGAGGACUGCGUAACGGUGAAAUGUGAUCAGGACAAGAUUUUUGUAAGCUAUGGAACUAGCAAGAAAUAUUUCGCUUUCUGCCUCUUUGAAGAAAACGCUGUUUCUAGCAUGCAAGUGUUCAAAUGUCCUGAUAACUACCAAUUCCAUGAAGUGAGCUGCCUGUUCGAGUGUCCAGAGGCCGGUAAUUAUGCGCACAUGGAUGCAACUAAGUAUUUUCAGUGUUAUCACUCCGGAGCGCAACUAGUAUUUACGGUUCAAAACUGCCCCUCCGGGAAGACUUUCGACCAAAGCCAACAAGUUUGUGUCACAUCGGAGGGAAAUGAUUGAUUUCUAGAACUUCUUGGGAAAGUUUAUUUGUGAAUAAAUUACAUGUAUAGAAGACGAUAAGUUUGAAAUAGAAAGUAAGUGAAUAGGUAUUCUUAAUAUAAAGACCAAUAGGGUUGUCAGAAAUGCAUACUGUUCAGCAAGAUUCUUUCAAUUUUGGGAUUAAAACGAAAAAUUGCAAAUGUAGGGAUGUUUUUUUGUUUUAUACAUAUUUUUGCAUUUUGUUUGUUAUGUGAUCUAAGUAAGACACCCGUUCAUCUCCGAAGCUUUCGUGAAAGUUUGUAUGGAUCCUGGACUUGGGCCAUCCCUUUAAAGUUCUACGUGAGUAAUAUGUGGCUCUUUAAACAUUUAUUUAAAAUUUUGAAUCUAAUUAAAACUAGAGGUGACCCGAGAUAGUCUAGGUUGUUUAAAAUACAACAUCAAAUCUGAAAAUUUGAAGAAUGCCAAUGUUAAUCAGACAAAUUCAGAAAUGAAAGUUCCAUUCACAAGCACUUUGUCUUGCCCUGGACCCUGAAGAGACGGGGAAGGAGAUUGAGAUGGAACCGCAGGAGGUACACAGAAGGAAAUAAUCA